AUGGGUAUUCGUCUUUUGGUUCGAAGGGCCCGCACAGUCUUUAGUCGCUUUGCGGCUGAUGAUGCUGCAAGUGCUUCAGCCGAAACAACUCCAGUAGAGGGAACUACUGUCGAGGAAAGCAAGAGAGAUCCUGCUACUGACACUGAACUUCAACAACCUGAGUUGCCUGCUGAAGAUCUCCAGCAUGGUGUUAGAGAUAUUGAGGCUAUCACCCUGACCUGGUCGAAGAAGACCUUGGCCUUCCUUUUCAUUAACAUCUGGUUCCUGUACUUCGUCAACGCCUUCCAAUCGACCGUAUUCUCUAGCUUGAGUCCCUAUGUCGCGAGUUCUUUUACUGCUCAUUCCUUGUCCGGUGUGCCUACUGCGCUCGCUGAUGCUUUCUCGGCGGCAAUCUACAUCCCUGUCGGAAAGAUGAUGGAUACCUGGGGCCGUGCGGAAGGUUUCCUUGUCAUGACCUGCUUCGCUACUCUGGGUUUGGUGCUGUUGGCCGCUUGCGACAGCUUUGCCAUCUAUUGUACUGCCUAUGUCUUCUACUAUAUCGGCUUCAGUGGUAUGGAGUAUUCCAUUGAUGUCAUCACCGCCGAUGCUUCCAAAUUGAAGAACCGAGGUCUGGCGUUUGCCUUCACUUCCUCUCCCUACAUCAUCACCGCAUUCGCUGGUCCCAAAGUCGCCGACGAGUUCUACUACCAAGUUAGUUGGAGAUGGGGUCUGGGCUGCUGGGCGAUUAUCUUCCCUAUCGUCGCCGCGCCACUGUACUUCAUCCUCAAGACCACUCUUCGUAAGGCAGAGAGAGAGGGCCACCGAAUCAAGGAGCCAAGUGGUCGUAACUUCUUCCAGAAUGUGUGCUACUGGACUAUGCAAUUCGACUUGCCCGGCGUUGUGAUGUUCACUGUUGGCCUGGUCCUCUUUGAGCUGCCUUUCGAUAUCGCGAGUGAGGCCCCUAACGGCUGGGGAUCCGGCUACAUUAUUGCUAUGCUCGUUGUCGGAUUCUCGAUGCUCUUUAUUUUUGGUAUCUACGAGAAGUGGGUAGCCCCCGUGCCUAUGCUCAACAUCGUCUUCCUCACCGACCGAACCGUCAUUGGUGCCUGUCUUCUGGAUGCUACCUACCAAUUGUCCUACUACUGCUGGGCCAACUACUUCACCUCUUUCCUCCAGGUUGUCAACAAUUUGACUAUCGCAGAGGCUGGAUACGUGAGCAACACAUUCGAUGUUGUUUCCGGGGUGCUUCUCCUCUUCGUGGGAUGGGUCAUCAGUCGCACUGGCCGUUUCAAGUGGCUGUUGUAUAUUGCCGUCCCUCUAUACAUCUUUGCCCAGGGCUUGAUGAUCUACUUCCGCAAGCCUGAUAUGACAGUCGGAUAUCAGGUCAUGUGCCAGAUUUUUAUCUCCAUCGGCGGUUCUGUCUUCAUUUUGGUCGAGCAAAUUGCUAUCCUAGCCGCUGUUGACCACCAGCACGUCGCUGCUGCCCUGGCCCUUCUGAAUGUUGUCGGUACCAUUGGUGACUCCGCUGGUUACACCAUUUGCACCGCUAUCUGGACAAACACCUUCCCCAAGGCUUUGAAAAUGUACCUUCCAGAAUCCGCCAUGGACAAUUUCGAGAUGAUCUACGAAGAUCUUGAUACCCAGAUUAGCUACCCUAUGGGAAGCGAGGUAAGACUGGCUAUCCAAAAGGCCUACGCUUACUCUGAGGUGCGCAUGCUCUCGACUGGUCUCGGUAUCAUGGCCCUGGGUAUUGUCUGGACUAUGAUGAUUAGAGACAUCGAUCUCAAGAAGACCGCCCAGGUCAAGGGCACUGUCUUCUAA